CACGGAUUGCGACACUUGCGCGCCAAAUGCACCAAUUCCUCGUCCAGCGCGCUCGCCGCCACGGUUCUCAAUGCUCAUCGUCGCCGGGCUAUGCUCUCUACACUCUCCGUAGACGUCGCAUCUGCGCAGCCAGAGCUGAACCACCGGACAUAACCUUCGUAGGGCAUCAGGUCUUCUGAAGGCUUCCUGGGAUCCUGCCGCAGAGCCAAGAAUACUCACCGACGUCGGCGGUGCCCUGUAUUGGAUGAAGAUGGGUUCCGAUGCAGGCUCCAACCAUGGAACAGGCUACGGGGCGACGGAUGUCGAAGAACAGCCGAGGGAUGAUUCCCCCGCCAGUCAGCUUCCAGAACUCGCGGCGGUGCUUUGCCUGUGCCUCCAGUUGACAGACUGCACGGCGGACUGCAUCGCGGACUGUCAGCAAGACAGGUCUCCAUGAUCGCAAUUGGAGGAACCAUUGGCACUGGGUUGUUUCUUGGAACGGGGAAAUCACUAGCCGAAGGCGGUCCGGCCAGUAUGCUGCUAUGUUAUGGAAUAGUGGGCGGGAUAGUGUAUGUCACACUACUCUUGCUUGGGGAGAUGGCAACGCAGUAUCCUGUAGCUGGGUCCUUUAACGCGUACGCAACACGGUUCUUCUCGCCUGGCUAUGGCUUUGCGCUCUCCUGGAACUAUUGGUUCAACGACGCAGUAUCCGUCGCGUCAGACCUUACGGCUGCCCAGCUUGUCCUGCAAUUCUGGACGACCUGGCAUCCGUGGGUCAUCAGCCUCGUCUUCUGGGUCUUUCUCGUCUGCAUCAACGGGGCACAUGUCCGAGCGUACGGCGAGCUCGAAUACUGGCUUUCCUUCUUGAAAGUCUUCACGAUCGUCUUAUUCAUCAUCCUCGGCAUCUUGGUCAACGUCGGCGUGAAUCGAGAACAUGAGUACAUCGGCGGGCGGUAUUGGCACAUCGAAGGCGCGCCCUUCGUGGGCGGCUUUGGUGGCUUUGCCAGGGUCUUUGUAACAGCCAGCUUUGCCUUCGGUGGUACCGAAAGUCUAGGAAUCACCGCCGGUGAGACGAAGAAUCCGUCGAGAAACAUGCCUCGGGUCGUCAAAUUCGUAUUUUGGAGGAUCCUGCUCUUCUAUAUCCUGAGUAUCGCUCUGAUCGGGUUGAACAUUCCGUGGAAUUACCCGGGCUUGUCCACUAGGAGCACGACAACAUCCCCAUUCACUCUCGUCUUCAAGGAAGUGGGAUCGAAUGUGGCGGGCUCGUUUAUGAACACUGUCAUCCUCACGUCGGUGCUCUCUGCAGGUAAUCAUGCCCUGUUUGCAGGCACGCGAGUGCUAUACGGUCUGUCGACUUCGUCGCCGCGGCAAGCGCCUCACAUAUUCUCGAUGACGACUCCCGGUGGCGUCCCGCUCGCGGCGCUCAUCGCCACGAGCAGUGUCAGCGUCCUCUGCUUUGGGUCUAGCUUCAUUGGCAGCGGCGUCCUAUGGGGAUGGCUGCAGAACAUCGUCGGUGUGUCAAACCAGAUUGCUUGGCUGUCAAUUGGCCUGGCGAGCUGGCGGUUCCGGAAGGCGUGGGUACUGCAGGGACGAUCCAUCGAAGAGAUGAAAUUUCGGGCGGGGUGGACGUGGCCAUGGGGCCCGCCAUUCGUGGUAAUCUCCGUGGCGACAUUGAUACUGGUGCAAGGCUGGUCCUCCGUUAUUCCGCACUUUUCGGCGGUCGAUUUCGUCUCGUUCUACAUCGAGAUUCCGGCGAUGGUAGUCAUGUACGUUGGAUGGGUCGUCAUGCGGCGCCCGCCAAAGCCUACAGGGCAGGUAGGCGAGCAAAGGCCCCUCCUCCAUGUGGGCUGCGUUGGCACACGCAGCAGAGUCCGAUGGCACGACCUCGUAGACGUACAAAAUCUGGACUUGAAGCGGGACGAGUACGAAGAGGUGGAUGUGGACAGGAUCGAUGACGCAAAAAGACAGAAGAGGCUAGAGGGCUCUGCAGGCUGGCUGUGGCGUCUGUACUACUUGGUUGCAUGAAGUUCGCGCGAAUGAAUGGAUAGAUGAUGGAGCGCCAGAUAGUGAAGGGAGUGAACUCUACCAGAACACGGGGGGUUUGCGUUGGUAUGGCCCAUAUGUCCGUAGCGAGCUCGUAACUCGGGUUGUCAGAUCUACGGCCGCCUGUAGGUAGCCUGGCGCCCGCACCCACAGGCGCCCACACUCCUAUCGAGGUACGGCCUCGGACGCAGUGUAGAUCACUUCAAGGGCAUCGCUUCGCCCGCCUUCAAUCACUUCGCGCUCGGAGGG